CAGCAACCCGCUCCACCGUCUUCCGCUGCUUAGCGAGCCGCAUGAUCCGCACUCCCCCCGCAUGCACACAUGCACAUGCACAUCCCAACGCUUGUCCACAAGCCUCAUAAUCCCACCCUCCAUAAUGUACACCGCACCCCAAAAUCUUGCUCCUGCCCACGUCCAUCCUGCUGUAUUUCAAAGCCACUGCACAACUUCCAGGAUGCGUACAACGUGGAGCAAUCAAGCGGCAGCAGGACAGCCGCAACGUCACGAUGCAUGCGCGGAUGACGCAUCCGCAACUUCCCGGAGCUAAAAGUCAAGGUGUGAACAACGCGUUCUGGCGUUCUGGCCCUGCUUCUGCGCGUGUGCUUUCGGCCAACGUCCGGCGACGUGGCUCACGCGCACUUACAAAAGCGCCUUUGUCUACUGUUUUGGAGUCGUGCUCGCUGACGUUGACGUUAUUGUUGCUUUGCUGCUGGUUUUUGAUACGUACCCUCACGACCUGCACGUCUUGAAAUCUCCAAAGCUUGACCUGGACUUGGAUUUGAUUUGAUUUGAUUGGGCUGGACUAGACAGUAGCCAUGGAGUUCUCAAAAGAGCAGAGGCAGACGAG